UCCAGUUAAUCUUAGACUCUAAAUUAGAGAGAAGCGGAUCGCGGAAGUGCAGACCCCUACUAGGGCUACUGCUUCAGUGUUUACUGGAUGAAACAUUAGAUUUUAUGUUUUUAAAGAUGUCUAGUUUGUCCGAUGCAGAGCGCAAUGGCUUUAAAAAUAUGUUUGAUAUCAUGUCAAUGAAGGACAUACUUUCUCUUAGCGACACAGUAACAAACAAACUUAUUGCGGUGGGAAGUACUACCGAGGCAGUCGAGGCUAUUCUUUCAUACACCAAGGAUGCUGAGGAGCUGCUGAAACGAAGAAAGGUGCACCGUGACAUCAUAUUCAAGUACCUGGCGAAAGAGGGGGUUGUGAUGCCCACGGAUAGCGAUAAAAACCAGCUAGUGAAGAAGACUCUGCAAUUCUGGUCUACUGGCAAGGCAUUGGACCAACAAACCCCAUCAGUUGUGACCAGCCUAGGUCUGAGACCAUCAGCAUCUUUGUCCUCUGAGACGGAGGAUGGGGCUGGUUUUGACCAUCUGGCACUGGCCAGACAGUUCUGUCAAUGGUUUUUCCAGCUCUUCAACAGUCAGAAUCCCUCCCUGGGUCAGCCACCUCAGGACUGGGGACCGCAACACUUCUGGGAGGAUGUCUACCUGUGCCUCUUCUCUAAUGUUGAUGGUGAACAGAUGGAGGAGUUCCGUGGUUCUGAGCUAACCAGCAUGCGCCUCCUGGCCUUGGCGAAGGAUGAGAGGCUCCUGCUGAGCCCCAACCUGGAGCCUAACGGCCUGAAGGCCCUGUCCUCCCCCCACGGCCUGGUGCUGGUCGCUGUGGCUGGGACAAUCCACAGAGACACCGUCUGCCUGGGAGUCUAUGAACAGGUGUUUGGCCUCAUUCGCUCUCCGCUGGAACAGAACAGCUGGAAGAUUAAGUUUGUCAACCUAAAGAUUAGGGGGCCUGAAGUCCUGGGAGGAGCAGGAGAGCUGGUCUCACCUUCGCUGACCUGCAGCCCCACUGAACUACAGCUGCUGUUGCUCAGAUGACGAGGAACGUCGGGCGCUGCUGACUUUUCUUCAGAAUCACUCAGGUGGAGAAACAUGGACAUUGUAUAGGUAGCCAUCUACCAUAUUGCUUUUGUUGAUCUUGGGUUGUCAGGUCUUUGCAAAGCAAGGAGGUUCAGGUUAAUAAGAUUUACAUCUGGUGUUAAUGUGGGCUAUGAGGAAGCGCUGGUUAGAGAUGUCUUUGAUGGAUGUCAAAACACUAAAUACAUGAUGCAAUUUGUGUUACUGUCAUGAUGGCUGUAAUACUCUUAUGAUUUAUGUGUUGUUUUCUGCAACAGUAUAAUCUAGUGAUACCUGACAUACAGCUACUUCCUUGCUUAGAACAAGGACAUUUAACCGAAAAGGAUUGACCCUGAGCCAGAUUAUAUCAGACAUUUUGAUGAUAACCUUUUUUAUUACGAUAAGUAGCCUAUGCCAGUGAAAUCUGUAGUUUGAAUAAAAAUCUGUUUGCUAAUAUGGGCAAUUUUUAAUUGAACAAUUGCCCAUACAAGGGUCAUUAAAAAACAUGUUUAACCGAUGCUUACCAGGCAAUCAUUCUGUGUUUUUAUUUUGGCCCCCUUUUAUUUUGGGCCCCUUUAUUUGGCCCCCUCAGCCAAUUGUUACCGAGCUGUUAAACCAUAUUCCAGGACAUUUUCAGAUUUACAGUAAUGGAAUAGGUUUUACCCAAAAUUCUUCUGUUGUCUCAUUUGAGUUGUCUCUUCCUCUGUGGUUCAGUGCCUGGGAUCUGGGGAUCUGUGCCUUAUAUAAUAUCAUUUGUUUAGCUGAACCAUGCCUCUAAAAUCUGUAAAUAGGGUUAGAGAAUGUUUAGGACAUUAUAUUGUAAAAUAUGUAUCAUACAUGUACUAAAAAGAAAAUAAAUGUAUUCGGAUGCCA